AUGUCUCUACGAAAUCGUCUUCUGAAAAGACAAUCUUCUCUAGCCAUACUGGUUGAGCAAGAAAGGGAAACUUGUGAAUCUACAAGUCGUCCGCCGUCUGAGAUCGGUCAGGGUACUGAAGACCUAGAUGACGCACGUGAGAUCGAAGAAAUUCCUGCACCAGGAGAAUCAAACAUAGAAGACGACGGAAUUUUACCAGAGGAUAAAGGCGACCUAGACGACGAAGGAGGUGAUACAGAUGUUCCAGUUUCCAGUGAGGACGAAAAUGAGCCACUUGCAGUUUCCCUUGCUUCACCUUUGAACAAGAAAACUUUUUCCGUGUAUGUCCGCGAAGGACAAGCACGUGCGGCUGAAGAAGACCCUCCUAUUCGCCUUUCCCGACGGUUAAUGUCAAUAAAGAGAAGAGGGAAAGCUCUGCCGAUGAUUGAUCUUACAGAGGAGUUUGAGUUUUAUGCAGGUGACUUUCUAACCGUUCGAGGCGAGGAUAAUGAUUUCUACGUCUGCCGUGUGCUAGAAGAUGUUCCUGAGAGCGCAUCGAGCUUCAGUGUGGCUUGGUUCAAUAGAGUGGAUGAUAAUGUGUACGAGGUGAGACUGGAACAAUAUUUUCGUUAUUUCUUUCAAGAAGUUUGCGAAUGUUUUGAAUACAAUUUUAUCCCGAGACUGACACUAUUGAGGUGACGCUAAUUACUGAUUUCUAAUCAAAAUUUAUGAAUUUGCUUUGAUUUGUAUCAUUUGGUAAAUGAAAGUGCGUAUCGUUUUAAGAAAUAGAUGGAUAGUGAUUGUAAUAUUCUUGCAAUUUUCUGCAAAAGCUGCAAAGCAGAAGCUUUACUAAAGUUUAAUUCAACUUUGUAUUUUGUGACCGUUUAGUAUUGCGUGACUCUGACACACCCACUAUUAUCAUUUCUUUGUUUUCGUAGCCUCGAAUGGCUCUGAAGUUUGUUUUUCUUUUUUCUCGGUUUCGUCUAUUUUUAGUCAGUCAGUUUAAUCAGUUGGCAUUUAAAUUUGGCAUUAUUCAAUAAAACUUAUGAUGAAAGCUUUCAUCAAACGAGUUUUGAUUGUGAUUGGAAAUAAUACAACACAGCUUUAGAAUACAGCUGCACUACUAUUAACAAUUGAACUACAAAGGCACAUGUUGGUGAGGGUGGCAAAUUUACCAUGCUUCCGACAUGUGGCUACUUCAACUUCAAUUUCUUAAAAUUGCCAUUCACUUCCACGGAUUAUAUCUUUACAUAUACUGUAUAAUAUAUUAUCACAUGCAGAUUCAAUUAUCAUUUGUUUCAUUAUAAUGCAGCAACACUUUUUUAAUAAAGAAACUUUCCACAGAGUUAUUGAUCAAAAUUCAGAUGACAUGUCUGUAGAGUUGAAAAGGAAUCGUCAUGGGAUUUUUCUCACGUUAGAUUUUCAUUAAUCUGAGUAUUUCCACAGUCAUUGUGAAUUUAAUUGGGGAAUCCGUUUUGCAGGUUUCUUUUGAUGAUGUGUGUCACAUGGAUUCAGUUAUUACUCGUGUGGCAAUGUCAGAGUUUGAACCAGAAAGGUUUGCAAUCUCCAGACAGCACAUAAAACAAACCAGGAAACUCUUAAGAGAAGCUCUGGCUGCUGAACAUGGAGAUGAGGACAUACCUGAGGAAGGUGCCAUAAACAAUGACAGUAAUGAAAAUACAAUAAAUGGUUUGAACCCUGGGGUAAUAAGUGUUAGUGUAGUUUGAUCAUCCACGUGAUUGUGGUCCUGAGAAGGACUGUUGUAGGUGGUGAUGACUGGCAUUUUGACAACCUCAGCAGAAGUCAUCAUCAGAGUCCAUUGACUUCAUCAGGGUCAAUCAACUUUGUUGAUGACUUCUGCUCAGUCAAAAGGGGGAGGGGGAAGGGGAGGGGGAGGGGGAGGGAAAGAGGGAGGGAAGGAGCUUCUUAUUACUUUAUAUGGCAGAAACUUGGAUAAUCUCAGGUUACGAAUAGUUUAUGUGGUUAUGAUGUAGAAUCUGCAAGUGAUGAGGAGGAGGCAGUUGAAGAGGAGGAAGGGGAACCUGAAGAGGAUGAACCUCCUGCAAAAAGAACUCGGCGUGGAUCCAAGGCUGCCUCUACCCCUACCCCUCAGAAGAAAGGGAGGAGAGGACAGAAAAAGACCACACCCACACCCAAAAAGAGUCCAGGUCAGAAAAGGAAAUCAGUUCAGUCUAAACCAAAGAAGGAAAAGAAGAAGAAGGAAGUUGCAGAGAAAAAAGAAAAACCAAGGCGUGCUGGAGUGUUGAUUCCUAAUGAAGAUAUUGAACUGCUUGAGAAAGAUCCCACAUUUGAAACAAGGUUGGUUAAAAAUAAUUUUCUUAACUGUCUUUUGCAUUUGCAUGUAAAUUCUCUCAAGGCACAGUGAUAUGAGAUUCUUCCUUCUGAUGAUUAGAAGGAUCAAUGUUUAAUAUCCAAGCAAAUGUGCACCUACCCAACCCCAACUCAGUGACAGUCUAAUGAUAACAAGGUAGGGUUAAAGUUGGGCUAGGGGAGGGGUAGGUGACUCUGAUCUGAUCAUUAUUUUGAAUUCAUUUAUAAUUAAUAAUUGGUUAAUUUUAGUAACAUGCACAUGUAUUGUUGUAUGGUGUAAACCUAAGUACCGGUUAUAUGUCCAGUGGUUUUACUGUCUAAGUGGUGAGCAUUAGGGGUAUUUUGUAUGAUUAGUGUGUUUUUUGCCCAAUACCCCCCAUAGCAUAUUAAAUGGUGAUCUCAUUACCUUCAGUCUCACUGUGAUUGUUUUUUAAUUUUUAUAGAGAUGAUGUUUCCCUGAUGCCUGUCAAAUGGGCAACAAGAGCAGUCUUGCUUAAUGACAUGAAGAUGUUGAAAGAAGUCAUCGAUGACCGGGAAAAUGUUUAUUCAGUAUGUGCAUAUCUGAUUUUGAUAGUUAAAUGAAUGAUCAUUUCUUACACAUAUGUCAUUUUUAAUCAGUUCUGUUGCCAUGAUUUCAAAGGACUUAUUUAAAAUGUUUGUUUUGUUUUUGGCAGGUUCAUUGGCCAAGAAGUCCCGAGAUUCAGCUGGGUGCAAUACAUUAUGCACUUCUAAACCAAAACCAUGAGGCAUUGAAACUCUUGCUGACAGAUUUAAAAAGUCUGAGUACAUCAGAGCCAUAUCUACCACGCAAAAACAAACCUACAGUGAGUCUUGAUCGCAUGGAUACAGGAACGUAAGUUGGAAACAUGUCUUCAAUAUUUUUUGCAGAGUGACAUAUCCAAGGAAUAUUACUUAUUAUAAGUAGUUUUUUAUAUUUGCAAGUCAUUUUUAAUUAACUUAAUCUUAUGCACUCAGAUACAACUUUUACACCUUUGGUCAUGCAGUAAGAGAUCUAUAUUCAAGCAGAGGAUCCAGACAAGGCAAUAAUGCUUUUCUUGAAGUAAGUUCAAUUUGUUUUUUAUGCAAAAUUUUAAGAGACAUGCAAAUGCCAUACCUGAUCAAUCAGGAGAGCUGUGUAUUUACCUAAAAAAGUUUAUAUCUCCUCUUUGGCCAGCACAUUCUUGUCAUGGACUGUUUAUAUAUUAAAAAAAAUGAGAAAUGCAUUCCUCUUGUAGAUUUAGUUGACAAGUGCAAGUAUUUUUCAUUAGCUACACUGUCCUGUUAAUUCUUCUCUAGUCUUCUUUUGAUUGAAUUGAUAUUUGAAUUUAACUUUUUACAGGAUGAGACUAAAUUUGGUGGAAGGGGCCAUGAUCUGUCUGAACUUCUCCACUUCUGCUUCAAAAAGGGAGUUCCUCUGGAGACAGUGAAAGUGCUUAUGAGUGAAGUGUGCGCAUUGGAAAGAUCAACACUUCAUGAGGCAGAACAGGUAUAAUAUUAUGUUGAUGUAAUUAUAAAGUUUAGAAAUACCAUAUUAUGAUUGUGUUGUUCUUGUAAUUUGCUGCUCUUUUGAAGAGGCCUUACUGGUAGUUAGCUGUGAGAGUUUUGAUAGGAACAGUUUUAUUGAAUUAAGCUGGUCAUUAUUGAGAAAUAUGCAGGUAAUAAAUGAUAAUUGAAUCUUACAAAUAUAUAUAUAUAUAUAUAUAUAUAUGUAUGUUUAACACAUCAAAGUCAGGAAUGAGUAACACAUAUUGCAUGGGAAUUGUUGCAGAAGUUGCAGUUGAGGUCAAUAUUAUUCGGUUAAAAGAAAUUGAUGUCCACAUAUGUGGUACAUGUACAGUUAAAAUGUUACUUCUCAAUUUUUUUUGUCAUGGAACCUUAUUGCAUGACUAUUUAUGGAGACUGUUGGAGACAAAGAUGGAUAGCAAUAAUUAACUUUUUCUGUCUUUUUCUGGAACACAAAAAUUGGUUCUGCUGGAAAAUAGUGUUAUCUGGAAGUGGGAAGUUUUGGAGUAAAAGAAUUAUUAUGGUAAAAUUGAUUGAAAAACAACUUUAUAAUGACACUACCUUUGUUAUCUGACUUUCACAAUCAAGGAAGGUAUCAACUGCGUCUGGGUGGCCAUCAGAAGUGGAAACAGAAAAGUGGCUGGCUAUUUUGUUGAUAAGGGUGUGGACAAAUUUGGAUUUGGUUUCAACUUUUUGCACAAGGAGGUAAAAAAGUAAAUAAAUGCAGUUUUUCUUUUAUGAAACAUGUGCUGUGAAUGUAUGUGUUUUUUUUAACAUUUAUUUAAAACAAAUAAAAACAAAAUAGCUCAGAAAUUUUGAUCUUUAAUGAAUUUUAAGGAAAAAGCAAGCAAUCAAACAAACAGACGAAAGCUUAAACACCACUGGAUUUGACAUUAACUUAAACAGAGAAAUAAUGAUGUAAAAAUGACUUCUGGUCACGUCAAGCAGAUUAUAUUAUUUAGAACAAUACACCAGUUAUCAUUUGAAAUCUAAUGGUUACCCUAAGUAGUAUAAAUCUACAAGCAUUCUUUGAGAAGUGCUGCUAUAUGAUUGGCUACACCCUACAUACAUUUUAUUUGGUAAUCCAUGCAGAGUGGAAUGGGUUGCCAAUAUUUAUGUGAUUUUAAACAAACUUAAAUACAAAUAUGAGUAUGUCAUGCUAAGUUGUGAACAACUAUGUAUAGUAGACUCUUUAUACACCUUAAAAUGAGUUUGCAAAUUCCCCAUAUUGUCCUCUAUACAUGAAUUUUGCUAUUGUACUUAUUAGGAGAAUUUGUGUAAUAAUCACUAAAGAGUUUCUGACCUUGUGAUCUUUUCCUCUAUUCUAAAGACCUUAAUAUUUGAUUCAGGGGUGAAUUACUGACAGGAGAAAUUAGAUGCUUAUAAUCACUCAGAGGUUAAAGGAUUAACACAGAGCUAUAAACCCCUUUUUUAGCCAGAUAAGGUUAUCACAAGUAAACAUUUCCUUAAGUUGUUAUUUUACGCAGUUGAUAUUAGGGCAUCAAACAUUGCUUUCUUUCAGGUUUUGUUGAAUGAUAAUCAGGAGCUUUCCAAGUUUAGAAGCCAGUCUGUCAAGAAAAAGCCCAUGGAAAAUAAAGUUGUAAGUACCUUAACACAAGAAGACAAUCAAUGCCCAAAUUGUUAUCAACAAUCAACAUCACUAUCCGAUUUAGGUUUAAUAAUCAUUUAACACGGUCGAAGUUUUAUGAUUAAAGAAGGUUCAAAGCUGUAAAUAAUUCUACUUUGCAGAUCUUGCCAAUCCAUGCUGCCUGCAUUAAUCCAAAUGAAGAUUACCUCAAAGCUUUGUUAAACUCAGUACCAGAGUACAGUGUUCCUGACAAAGAUGGCUUCAAACCAGUGCAUUAUGCUGCAGCAUGUGAAGGUCCAGGCCCCCUGAAGGUGUUACUAGCAAGGUAUUAUGGUCACUAAUAACUGUUUUAAUAGACUGCAGUGUGGGUGAGAUAUGGACAAUAGGAUCUAGGACAUUGCUCAUGGUGUCUCUCUCCAAAAAUUAUGAUCAGCUGAACUGAAUAUUUUGCUCUAAAUCAGUUAGGGUUAUAUUGUGUGUCCUUCACCUUGUUUCUCCUUUUUGUCACACGGUAAUUAAUAAAGGUGUCAAGUGACUGUGAAAAAAUAUGGGCUCAAUCUCUCCACUGCAUUUUGUAGCUUCUCAAAUCUAUCCCUAGUGUCUUGAUUUUUUUAGGAUGUUCAUCACCUUCCAUUGAUGGAAGUUGUCAAACAUCUUUCAGGUUAAAUUUUUCUUGUAAUUUUCCAGAGGAGCUGAUCCAAAUGACCCUGGACCAAAAGGUUUGACACCUCUAAUGAUUGCUUGUAAGCAUGGACGAGAAGAGAAUGUGAAAGAGCUGUUAGCAAGUGACAAUCAGGCUGAUGGUGAUGGUGAUGAUGAAGAAGAAUCUGGAGCAGUUGUGGCGCCUAGGGUUGCAAUUGAUAUCAAGAACAAACACACUGUGGCUGCAAUCCACUAUGCUGCUAAGCAUGGGCACUUGGUAAGUGCUGUUGACAAUGGGGGUCAGACCUUAGGGUAAAGGGUAUGGUCAGUAAAUUGUAAUGUGCAUAAUUACACAGUUAUAUGAUCACUGGGUUCCCUUUAACUUCCAAGAUCUCGUUAGUAAUUAUCCCCAUAGUUUCUUUCAUACAAUUCUUAUGAUAUUAGUUUGGAGAUUUUGGUAUUGGAUCAACUAAUAAUUUCCUAACUGAUACUUUUCUUUAUUCUCAUCACUUGUCUGCAAGAUAUUGUAUUGAUAUUGAAAGGAGAUAUUCUAUCUUGGUCAUGCAUAGGAGUUAAGGUCUAAGCAGAGUUCAUUGGUCAUGUUCUUAUCAGUGAGUAUGGUGACCAGGAAAAAUUGUUUUCUUGACGCAGGACAUAGUCAAGUUGGUUGUUACUGCAGGUGGCAAUGUUGACCUUCAGACUGGUGCAGCAAGAGGAAACAUGUCACCACUGAUGCUGGCUGCUGCUAGAGGACAUCUAGAUACUGUAAAAGAACUUGUUAAACUCAAAGCUUCGCCUGAUAAAAGAGGUUAAGCGAAACAUUAGAUUAUAGCUUUGAAUUCAAUUAAUAAAGGGAAAUUUUGGCAUGAUCCAGUGUUGGAGCAGCCUAACACUGUAAAUGCAUUUGUAUGGGUAGGGAACACUGGUUUUCCUUGAACAUUUUUUUAGUGCAAUGUAUGUACUCCCCUCUCCCUCUUCUUAGCAUCUUUCUCAAAGAAACCAUAUUUAAACUGUUAAAUUUGGAAAACAAUUCUUUUUUUGCCCCAUUUAAUGUGAAAUUUAAUAUGUACAAUCUGGGCAAGAAAUUCAUUAACAAUAUUAUUAAGGUGAUGAUUCAUACUGCAUUGUUUUUAAUAAACUGAUUAUUAUUAUUAUUAUAAAUCGAAACAGGAAAGUGGAAGAAGACACCCCUUAUGUAUGCUGUAAAGAAUGGCCACUCCCCGGUUGCAGCAUAUCUCCUGAGGCUUGGUGUUGAUCCAUGUGCUGCAGACACAUCUGGGAAUACUCCAGUGCACUACGCAGCAGCUUAUGGCUGGCUACAUUGCUUAAAGAUGCUGAUACAAGCUGGAGGGGAUCCUAAUGCAGCCAACCAGUGGAAGGCAUGUACUUUGUAGAUUUCAGAUUUACAUGAAUACUUUGUAUCUGCUUAGAUCUUUUCCAUUCUUACACCUAGAUAUAGAGUUCAGAAAUAUUUUCUCAUCUUUUGUGAAUUCUUUUUCUAGGUCACUCCUUUGGCUAUAGCACUCAUGAAAGAUCAAAUCCCUUGUGCUGAUUAUCUCCUCAGUUUGGAAAAUGUGGAUGUAAAUUUUCCCGAUGACUGUGGCCGAACAUUACUCUGUCAAAAGCUCAGCUGUUCAACCCUCAAUGAGACCUUGUUGCAGAUGGUGACAUUUCUUGUUGACAAGAAAGGAGCUGAUGUCAACAAAGCUGAUAUUGAACAAUGCUCACCUGUAGGUUCCUCCUGUGUUUCCAUGCAACCCCAUUGUGUGCCCUUUUGUAAUUAUGAUGGGAACUGAAUUUAAAUAAUCUCUUUAACUCUUAUUUUUACAGCUUCAUUAUUUGGCUGCUAACUCCAUUUUUCAAAGCGGAAAUUGGGUGAGUAUGAUUCUUUGACACUUGGGAAAACAAUACUAUUUGUUGUCUCCUACAGGCCUGAACUGUUUUUUUCAGACCUUAUUUUCACUACUUACUGCUUAUUAGUAGAGUUCAUUACUGUGAAGAUCACUUUCAUAUUCAUUUCUUAAACUGCAGUUCACAUAUAUAAUUUUGAUAUAUUCACAGUCUCUAUUUGUUGUGCCAUCAAGGGAAAUGGUUUAUUAUUUCUGAGUUUUUUCUCUACAGCUCAAAUUACAAGCAAGAUGUGUUCAUUAACAUCACCACAUUUAGAGGAAAAAAAAUUACUUACUAUAUAUAUAUGUUAACCAAACUUUGACUCCCUCUCCCUAGAUAAGAUUUUCUCUAUUUUUUUUUUCUUCUCAAAAGGAUAGGGACUUGGGAUACACCAAACCACCACUACUGAAGAUGAAUCUUGCUGAUGUUUCAUGCAAGCUUGCUAAGCUCUUUGUGUCAGCUGGAGCAGAUCUGAAUGCUCUCAACAAAGAGGGGCAAACACCACUUAUGGUUGCUGUCUUGCAGGUUUAUACACGUUUUGUUUUGUAAUAUAUUGCAGCAGAGCUUUCUCUUCCUGAUAACUGCUGAUCCACCCUUAAGCUUAAACCCUUUGUAUUUCAUACUUUUCCGUCGUAGCAUGGAGUUAACAUGGCUGAGAGGCUGAAGAGUUGCCAAUUUUCCAAACCCUUAAACCCUGCCACCUGCUAACGAUUUGCUCCUCACUGCUCUGAGUUAAAUUUCUUAGCUUUACUCUUCUCUAAGCUGUGCUUUGGUCUGUAAUUAAACUACUGAUAAGCCCCCUGCUAGCUAGGAAUUUUUACAACGCUGGGAGGGGGGGGGUAUAGGCGAUAAAUGAUCUAUAAUUAUUAAUUAAACAGGUGUAUACGCACAUCGAUAAUGCCUAAUAUAUCUCUGCAAAAAUCAACUUCUAAAUACAGAGAACUGUGCCAUUAGCGUGAUUUAAGAAAACUGACUUAAAAAGUGAUUGUGCUUAAAAGAAACUGGCUUUAAAUACAAGUGGACUGCGAAAUAACAUGCAGCAUGAGAAACGUGAAAAAAGAAGAAAAAGAAGAAAGAUGCUAACAAACUUAACAAAAAACACUAUCAAGGAGGUAUGAAAAAAGAGAAUAAAAUGAAUAAAGACGAAUUACACAAAAAAUAACUAGCAAGUGUUUAGAAUUCUUACAGCUAUGAAGGAAAACAUUGCUGACAAGAAAUCUCACCAAAGAAGUAAGUUCUUGUAUUCACCAGCUCUUGCAUUGUAUCUGGUUUUUUUUUUUUUUCAUUUCUUCAGAACAAUUUCCCUCUGAUUGAGACAUUGUUAGAAUUGGGAGCUGAUGGUUCGGUGGGAAAAACUAACACGAAUGGUUCUCAAGUGCUGCAUUUGCAAGCAGAAAAGGCUGAUGAUAUCGACCUAUCAGAGCUGUACCCAGAUGCCACAGUUGUAAGUAUAGUUUGUACAAUGAUGCAAGUGAGGGAUUUGCAUUUUGGAGCUUACAACAUUUGAUUAUUUUUUUGUGUAACCUGUUGACAUGCGCAGUAAUUUACUCCUCAAUUUACGCGUUAAUAUCUGCAAAAUGGUUGUUUAUUGUCAUUAAAAUUUCCCUAUUAUUAACCUUACCUUAAUUUAACAUCUAGAAAUAAGCUUAAUAUUGCAUAGCAUGCCGCAGUUAUACUUUAAAUGUUUGUCAUUUGUGCCAGAAAAGUGUAAACUAUUUUAGUUUGGUUUGUGUCACUUACCCAAAACACUUUACUUUCACAUUGCCUCUCUUUACCCAGAAAUAUAUGUUAGGGAAGCCUGUCGAGUUCUUUUUUUGUCUUUUUAUGGACCAAGACAAAGUCGAGGUCCGUAAAUGCAAGAAAGAAUGACUUGUUUUGUUUGAGAGACGGGAAAGAAAGUCAACUGUUUUUGAAGCAAGCAACCUCAGCGGGUAAGGUGGGCUCAAGUGGCCAAUCGGAAUGUAGGACUCGCUUCGUAUUACCCACGGGCACUGCCAGCAGUAUAAUAAUCUUAUCCUCUUUAUGCCAUAGAAACCGCGAGAAGCUGUGGCUGGAUGAGCCACUUGAGUACAGAAUUUACCUUGCAGAUGUCUGAUAAUGAAAAGUUUGAAUAGAGAGGCUUUUUCUUAGUCUAAUAUUUAAAUUAUUCAAGGUGCAUGGGAUGGUCUAACUUAUGAUGGAAAGAGAAGUUUGUCUGGAUCUCUUUCUACUCUGUUGUCUUCCUCAGACUUUAUCUGGUAACAAAUGGGAGCAGCGGGAACAGCUACAGAAGCAUUGGAAAUCGUUAGUCAUGAGAGCAAGCAAUGAAAUGAUUGAGAAAUUAAUUGCUGGAGGUGCAGAAGUAAAUUGCAUCAGAUCAGAUGGACUCACGCCCCUUAUGGUUGCUCUUUCAGAGGUACGUAUUUCAUAUCUUGUGCAAAGCAACAUUUCCUUUUUUGGUUUGCUCUGUUGAGCUUUUAAUUUGGAGGUCACGAGAAUAUUUCUAAGAUUUAAAAUGCUUCAUUUCUGUAAUCUUAUCUUUCACUUGAAAUGAAGGUAGUCAACCACAUUUGGAGUAUAGAAAACCAAUCGUGGUUUUUUUAGGUUAUUGCAAUAUUUUGUUCUUUUUUUUCUGUCAACUACGGGGUUUGUUUUGUGAUAGAAUUUAAUUGUGUUUGUUCAGAGGAAAUAAGCUGGAAGGGAUCCUGAAGGUAGUCAACCACAUCUGGAGUAUAGAAAGCCAGUUGUGGUUUUUUUAGGUUAUUGCAAGAUUUUGUUCUUUUUUUUCUGUCAACCACGGGGUUUGUUUUGUGAUAGAAUUUAAUUGUGUUUGUUCAGAGGAAAUAAAUACCCUUUUUUCAUCUGCAUUGGUUUCAGUCUCCUUCCCCUUCUCUCUGUCCUCAUCUUUUGGGUACUUCACGUUUGGAUUUUACUUUCUUACUCUACUUUUCCUUCUCUUAGAAUUUCCAAUGACCCUUUUUGGCAGGGGCAUAGAAUGCAUUUAAGUGUAGCCCUUGAAAAAACCUUUAACAAGAUAUGUAAAAUACAUAUCCUGAGCUAGUAGUUUACUACUCUUUCAGUCAUAUAUGGAUCAGUUCUCAAUGCUUCUGGAUCAUGAGGCAGAUCCCAGCAUAGGACUGGAGACGACUGGGAGAAACGUCAUGCAUAUGUUAGCCUCCGAAUGCAGUGAGCAUGACAUGAGGACUUACAUGAAGACAAUCCUGAGGAAGGUAUUGAAAGCAUAGAGUUUAUUUGUUUCAUAUACUUUCAAUAACUAACUGCCGUAUAUACUCCGGAUAAUCAAAAACAUGAAUACCGAAGAGCCAAAAAUAAAACAGAAUGGCCUAAAAAAGAAGACGUAGCACAAUUAUUUAAGAAUUAAAUAGACCUAAAAUACUGUUGAAGCGUGCGCGUCGCCUGAUUGUUUUGUCCUAAAACAUUUAACAGCUUCAAAAAGCAGAACAGAUUGAAUUCAACGAGAUUUUCAUCACAUGUGCUUCGGUCUCGAAUGUGAUUUAUUAAUUUUCCUGAAAAAAAAAUGGGACCAGAGAAGCAAGUCCGGAUAAUCGAAAAGUCCGGAUGAUCGAGGUUUGACGUUAUAUGGAUCUUGGCUAGCUACCGAGAGCCCAAAUUUCAAAUAAGUAAAAUCGGCCUAACUAACACAAAAAUAGAUUGAGAACGCUCAGAAUGUUUAAAUUAAGGACUCUAGAAAGUUUUGGUAUUUUAGGAAAAAGGAAAAUUAACUACGCAGAGGGUUUUCACUGGUACUCAAAUCAAGAGCGGAUGCCGCUGAAAAGGACUCAGUUUAUUCCACACGCGAAAAUAAGCCACCUAUCUUAACACGAGCCCCACUUAAAAUAGCUUAACUUUGAUGAUAAGUGAAGGCCAGGAAAUGUUUCUCUUUGGACCUCCGCUCCAAAACCUGUUUGAAUCUAUAUCUACAUGAUUCCUCUACAAUAUGCUAACCAUGCUUGUUACGACACUCUUCUUUGUUACUAAGGUGCAAUGCUCUACUAAUUUCAUAUUAAGUGCCUUUUUUAUAUUUUAAAAAAAAUUAUUUCCUUUACUGCGUUAUGGAUUAUUUUGACUUAACCAUCAAAUUCGUACUUAGACCCGUCCAGAAAACCUUAAUCAGAUGGCCAAUGCGGUUGAUAACAAUGGCUUCACACCUCUCCUUCAAGCUUGUGAGACAAUAGCUUCAUCUCCACCCAGUAAGGUAACGGACCGAUUCCUUUCAGGGAUCUGCUGUUCAUUCAGACCUUUUUUUAUUGAUUUCUCAUCAUCAAACGAAAGAACAGAUAACAAUAGAAUUGUAUAUUAAGUAUUUAAUGAAAUUUUGUUUUUCAUAAUGCGUAACACGUGGAAUGUUGUUACGAUUAUCUUUUAGAGGGACAAAUAAGUAAGGUCACCUUUAUGCUCUUAGCAAAUCUUGCACUUUUUUAUUUACUUUAGAGUUUUUUAUUUUUUUCCUUCCCUUAGGAAAGAAUUGAAUUUGUCAAGGAAUUUCUCAAGGUAACAGUUGGUGGUUUGCUUGAAUUUGUUUUUUCUUCGCUCGUUUGGUUCUCGUUUUGUUUGUUCGUUUUUCUUUACAUUCAAAGUACCACUGUUGACUACCAUUGCAGCUAUGCGUUAACAAUGUAUGUUACAGUGCACAUAUCUGACUGUUUUGUUCAUCUUGAUAAACAGACUCUGAUUGACAAGUUUGGCUGUAACGUUAAAGCAAGAGUUGGAAAGAUAAACAAAGCCUCAGAUGUAAGUGAACAUGAACAUUAAUUUUUUUUUUCCGUUUACUUAUCUUAACGUGUUUGAGACUUGGGAUACGACAAAGGAUUGCAAACCCUUUAAAAGCCAGUUUGAGAGAAUUGCCUGAAAAAUUUACCACAGUAUGUGUUUGGUCCAGAAGUCUUGUGCCAUCUUCCCACACGAACAGGUGCCGUGCAUAACGGGCGAUGUGGUCCCCUCCCAUUUUUUCUGUACUUGCGAUUGGUCACAUGUAUAUUUAAGUCGCGUUCUCAUCGGAUCCUUGUGUUAUUUUCUGUUGUUAUGAUUUAAAGCUGUUGUCACUCUGGUUCUUUUCCCACAACACUCAUUUGAAACGCCUUCUGUCACUAUUCGCUGUUUUUUGUAGGCACACUUGAGGGAUCCUGAAACAUUUGGUUUGAAAAAAGACCAAGGUAAACAAGUGGAGUCGGAAAGAAAGCCUAGCUCGUGGAGCGAUGAUGACAGUAACACUGUUAUGGACCAUGACGAUGAUAACAGUGUUGAUUUCAGUGAUGAUAUUGAUGUCGAUGAAAGUGACAUUGAUGGAAGUCAUUUUCCUUCGGAUGGUGAAAAAGACAUCAAUCCUAACGGUAUAUUAUAUAACGAUUUGGCCAUUCCAAAUUUGUUUCAAUAAGUCUAUCAACAGAUUUUCAUGAUUUAUGUAAGAAAUAAAUGUUUUGAACACAGAUGAACACUUUCUGUUUCUUUCAAAGCUGUCAGAGGUGAAAGAGAUCACAUCUCCUACAUACGUGUUUAAUUUUUGCAGCGUCUAAAGAACCCAUUAACGAAUAUGUUUAUAUGUUUUAUGCAAGAUAUUUCAUUUUGCAUAUGUCUCAUAUGCCCAAAAUUUAACCGCCGAAUAUUACCAACCAAUCCUCUUUUUUCUACAAUCUGUUUUUUUCUUUAUUUGAUUUCAUUGAUUCAUAGUUUUAUUUUUCUGUUCUACAGAAAAAGACUCUGCAGAAGAUUAUGGUGUAACAGGUUGGUAAUCACCAAAUAAACAUUUAUUUUAUUGAACUACCUCAAACUCAAAUCACUUCAACGAGAAUCAACGUUGAUUUAUAUUUUAGGCUUUUUUGUGCGAUAUGCAAAGUUACUUUCAUCUUAAGUGAAAUUACAAAAUAUCAGUUGUUUAAUAAGGAAAAAGUGUAGGAUGGGAAGGGGUAAACUAAAAUGAAAACAGAAUGGGCGGAGAACAAGAUUUGAAAGGUUGUGGUGAUUUUAGAGAAGUAGAAACUGCAACUCGCCUCUUGAAGUAAAUAAUCACCGAGAAAUGAGCUAAGUUAAUCUCUCUGUUUUCAGGACUCUUCUCCUGCCUUCACUUUCUCGUUUAUGAAAGCUGGAAUUUCUAUUCAUUUCUGGAGUUAAUUCUUGGAUAUGUGAAAGGAGACCAGUCGCUUAUCAACUCCUUUGACUGUCAUGGGCGCACGCCUCUUCAUUUAGCAGUGAAGUGGGGAAAUACAGGAGCUGCUAAACUAAUGGUAUACUUUUGAAUGUAACACAUGAUUUAUCCGCCUCUUUCUCCCCCUCUCGUCCGUCUAGCGUCCCUCUGGUAACUGGUUCACAAAUUAAAUAUCUGCUGUGCUCUGUAAAUUACGACGAGCUCCAGUACCCACGACAUCAAAGAUACAUUUUGAGGCGGGGAACUAGCCUACCUCUUUACGUUUCACUGUGUGUAACAAUUUAACAUGGUGAUAUGCUAAUGGGUCAUACUGUAUAGUUUUCGCUCCGGAGUGUCUCAUGGAUGACACAGAAACACCCAUACACCUUCCAUCUCUCACACUUUCUCGUGCGUAUAGAUCGAAAACAACGAUCCUAAGGCGUCUCGUCUCCUUAUCAAAGUCUUUACACUUGGUCUCGUAUGAAAUAUAGGUUAUGGGCAUCUUGGAAAUGACCUUUAACAAUUUGCCGACGUGAGAAGAUUGCCCUGUUGGUGAUGAUAUUUUUCUAACUUUAAUCCAGAUUGAGUAUGGUGCUGAUGUAAACAUAAAAUCGCUGAAUGUAAAAGAAGAUGGACUUUCGACGUCUUUGGUUCUGGCUGCAAGGUAAAGACAAUGGUGAUCUUUUAUGUAUGUCACAAAUCGGUCUUGGCGUAGAAAUUCCUUUCUUCCUAUUACCCCUAUUAUGAAUAAGAAGAAGGAAACCUCACACAUUUAUCCAUAAAAACGAUUUGUUUUGAAGCAUCCGAAAUAAUCAUGAAAUGAAUCAUGAAGUAUUGGUUUGUGUGAUAUGUGAUAACACUUCUGUUUUUUUUUAGGCCAGCAAACGUUUCUCUCGUCAUCCUUCAAGCCUUGUUAGAUGCUAAAGCAGAUCCAAAUGUUGCUGAUGACACUGGACGUACUGCUUUGUCAUGGGCAGUCACCAACCAACCUG